ACUCUGUAAACCAGUGUCGGCAUUCUCUCUUUCUCUGUGUCUAAAUUGUUUGUAAUUCGUACCUCGUGUACUCCGCCACCGGCCGGUGAUCACUCCGACACGGUGGUUGUGGUUUUUGUUUUUCAACGAUGGUGCUCAUGACAUACAAUUUGAGCGAUUCCGGUUGCUACAACAGCCGCAUUGGCCGGAUAUGUUUUGUUGUGAUGUGGUGGUUCGUGUUUCAGUGUCUGGAGAUCUCCGGUGCGCCGCUAAUGCAUUCCGUCAGCUCACAUUGGCGUCCGGCCACCGCGACGUGGUACGGGAGUCCAGAAGGCGAUGGAAGCGAUGGUGGCGCGUGUGGUUACGGAUCUCUGGUGGAUGUGAAGCCAUUCAGGGCGCGUGUAGGUGCGGUGAGUCCAAUUCUGUUUAAAGCAGGUGAAGGAUGUGGUGCCUGUUAUAAAGUCAAAUGUUUAGACAAAUCUAUCUGUUCUCGGCGCGCCGUAACGGUGAUAAUCACCGACGAAUGUCCCGGCGGUUAUUGCUCCGGCGGAAACACUCAUUUCGACCUCAGCGGGGCCGCCUUCGGUCGAAUGGCGGUCGCCGGUGAUCACAACCAGCUUCGUAACCGUGGCGUACUUAACGUCGUCUACCGCCGGACACCCUGCAAAUACCCGGGUAGAAACAUUGCGUUUCAUGUUAACGAAGGAUCAACGAAUUACUGGCUUUCACUUUUGGUCGAAUUCGAGGGCGGGGAUGGUGACGUUGGAUCAAUGCACAUCAGAGAGGCGAAGUCUACCGAAUGGUUAAAGAUGAGUCAUGUAUGGGGUGCAAAUUGGGUGAUCGUCCGUGGACCCCUAAGAGGGCCAUUUUCCGUCAAGCUCACCACGCUUUCUACCGGAAGAACUUUGUCGGCACGAGAUGUCAUUCCCGGCAAUUGGGCUGUCAAAGCCACUUAUACGUCCCGUCUUAACUUCUCCCCUUAAUCGUAAAAGGGUAAUCAACUGAUCGAAAGGUUCAACGUUUCGUAAAUGAAAAAAAAAAAGGAAAAAAAACAUGUUUUGACAUUGAGAAAUAAGAAGAAAGCAAAUCCCUAUAUUACCCUUACCAUCCCGGGGUCAAAGAGGUAAUUUUAAGCCUGAGGCCCAUCACACCGGAAGUAGCCGUUAAUCGGUUGGUUGGUUGGUGUUUUUUGUGGCGAUGGGAAAAAGGAGAAAAGUAACCGUUGGGAGUGUUUGACUUUCUAUUAUGUGUUGUGUGUAAGGGGUUGUAUUGUAAUUUAAUGUAAUGUUUGAGGGUAUCUUGCAGCCCCUCUCCAAAGGGAGAGAGAGCGUGCUUUUUCUUUUUCUUUUUCUUUUUAAUAUUAGGGUGUGAGGUUGUGGAGGGUGUUUUGGUCUUUUUAAGUAGGCGUGGGCUUGGCCUGGCCUUUUGUAUGACUUGGUUGUUGCAUCUUUGGAUUAAACGGAACCUUUCGCAUC